UGACGGACCAUGCGGAAGUGUCGGUGAGUUUGUUGUUCCGGUAGUUCUGUGUAUACCUCCGGUAUCUGGGUAGUUUCGGUAGUUUAACGGUUCUUGUCACCAUGGUGAAGUAUUGUAUUUGUGCCGGUUGCACCUACUCCAGCCACACCGGACACCGGGUCCACUGUUUCCCCAACAGGACUACUAACGAGGCCGUGUUUGUGUCCUGGGUGAGUUUCGUCCAGCAGCAGAGAGAAGACUUCUCCGCGGAGUCUGUGACUAAGAACACGGUGGUCUGCAGCGCUCACUUCAGACUGGAGGACUACGUCCCCGGAGACCUGCUGGAGUCCAGGAUGGGGUUCAGGUGUCUGGACCGGGUCCGGCUGCUGGCAGGGGCGGUGCCUUCAAUACACACACCGACACCGACACCAACACCGGGAGCUGCCGGUUCUUCUUCCGCCGGCGGGAGUGAUGCUGCUCACGGAACCGGCAGAGACUCAGCUCCACGGAGAGAUGACCUACCAGCCAACACUGCAACAGUGGUGAAGACGGAAGACUGUGAAGACAUGGAGGAAAGACCGUCAGUAACUCCUGAACCGGCUGUAAAGACACCCGAGGAGCUACUUAAUCACAGUGAAAGUGUGGAUCAGGAAUACCCGUUUAUGAUGAAUUCACCAAAUGAAGAUGAGCGGGAAACGUCUGCUGUUCCUUCUGUCCAGUCAUCUGAAAAUGGAAAGGAGUCAGGGCAAAAAGAUGUUGCUUGUCAGAGAGUGAAGAGUGAAGACGAGUUUUCGACAACCAACCAGUCGGAAAAUAGAGAUAUUGAAGAAGACGAGGAUGAAGAAUUCAGCACCUCAUUAAGUGUGGGAGACGGACACCACCUGGUGGAUUUGGGGAGCUCGUCAGAGUUCAUCGUCGAUGAAGAGUGCAUCCUUCAGCUGUUCAAGUCAUGUCGGGAAUGCAACAGACGAUGUACAGUCAGAAAACGUGUCAGAGGACUGAAGCUCGUGGUUAGUCAGGUGUGCUGUUUCUGUGAAAGCCGCAGUAAAUGGAUUAACCUUCUAGAUGACGACGAUGGCGAUUUGCAGAUAAAUGGGAAAGAUACAGCACAUGGACAGACCAACUCAGCCAAGCAGUGACACUAGUGGACUGUGACAGUGGUUGUACUGAGAUUAUGCUGAAGCAGAAAUAUGUUUUUCAACCUGUGACACUGUGGACUAAGCAGCUGGACUUCUGGUUAUUCUGCUGCCAUCUGAUGCAAGUGACAGGGCGGUAGCCUCAGCUUGUUGCAUCUGUCUGUUAACAUCCUGCAUACCACAGCCAAGUGAGAGGGAGGGAGAACACUUGAUUUUGAUUGGCUGGUAAGACGGAUGGAUGGUUCCCUGAAAAAAAGAUGGACUGUUCUUUUGUUUCCAAGGAAAUUAACUGUAUACAUUUCUUACUUCAAGAUGUCAUUAAUUAAGGGUGCUCCGAUCUGAACUUUUAGGGCUGAUCACCGAUCGCUGGAAGCCGAAAUGGACGAUCCGAUCACGGGUCUAUUUGAAGCGAGUCCCAAAUUCUGGUCAAAUAUUUGACCUAUCUGUGUUUUAUUGAGCUUAAAAAGCAUUGAUAGGUUAUAGGCUAUUUCAAGAAUGACAUCAUCAUGAGUGCUCAGCCUUUUUGUUUCCUUUUGGCUGGAGUCACGGUAUCAGCGGCCUUUCUCAUACUGGCCGUCAUUGUCAUUAGACCUGAUUGACUUCAGAAGGGCUGUACCGAAUAGUUCGAAGCUUCAUUCAUAACGUCGACAUUUGAAUUUUAAUUCACUAUUUUUGCAUGUCUGUUCAUUCUUUAAGUUUUUCUCUUACAUUCAUUCUGCAGCACCGUUCUGCUCUCGUGUUUCACCGAGUUUGCCGGGGCAGCCACAGAGAGCGGAGCAGAGAAGAGGCGAAGUGAAGAUAACGUUGUCGGUAUCGGUUACAAACAGGCUCGGUAGUGAAUAUUGUAUUAUUAGUUUCCAGUUGGAUCCAAACAUUUCCAUUAACUCCAGAGCGUUGUAAAGUCCAAAAGUCAAAAUUUAUUGAAAAAAGAGGGAUGUAAUCAUUUCCAAAAUUCAACUAUGUUUUUAUCUAACGAAAUAUUCUGCUUCGAUCCAUAUUUCUUGGCAUUUAGCCUUUCAAAAAUCCCUUCUGAUCUUCCUUUAUAGAGACCACCGAUUAAACUAUUUAGAAUGAACAUCGGCUGAUAACGAUCGGUGAUCGAUUGAUCGGAGCACCCUUAUCAUUAAGCUUUUGAUCUGUUUCUAUACUAGUGUUAAUGUGUAGUUUCACAAUACGCAGCUGCUCAAACAAGGAUUGUUGUCAAACUUUCGAGCAAUAUUGAACAUUGUUUUAAUGACCCAUCCUAUUCAUUGUUAGGUGUAAAUGGGGUCUUGAAUUUAACAACUGCCAUGCUCAUGCGAUCUGUAUCAGGAUACACUGUCUGGGUUAUGCAUGUUAAUAAUGCCACCACAUCUGGAGGCGGUCAGGUUAGCAUUGUUACUUUAGACAGGUAUAAAUAAAGUUGAAAGGUCCCCAAACUCUCCCUGCAAAAAAACUACAAAUAGCAGUAGCUUCCCUUUUAAAAAGUGAUUUUAAACUAACUGAUGCAAUAUUUGCAUAUUGAGAUGUGAUCGUGCUUAUUAAUACUAAGUGUAAAUACAAAGACCUGUGGAUGGGAUGUCAGUAAUCAGAUAACAUGUUAAUACCAGGUGUAAAUGGGGCCCAAAGUUUGAGCUUAAGUACUCAACAUGUGAGCCAAGAUAGUUAAAAAAAUUCAUAAUCAUUUUUGUUGUUUCUGUCCACAUCAUCCAUAAACAAAUCAAAACACCUUAUUUUAUCAUUUCGGGUGCAGUAGCAGCCAAUCUGAAACUAGCAUUCAAAUAGUUCAGGUAUAACUACAGGUAAUUAUUCAUCUUCAUUUUUAGACUUGAUUUGAUCGUCACACCUUAAGUGACUUUAUAUGUUUUGAUUCUUUGGUCAAGUGUAUUAGGAUCAGCCUUCAACUUUAAUAAAAUACUAAAACAGUAA